CAGAGCCAGCUGUGCGUCUCUCUCUACUCCUCUCUCUCUCAUAUUGUCUGUUUGAGGUGAACGAAUCCAUCAAUCGAAGAGGAAGAGGAAGAGGAAGAGGAGCCGACUUGACUACACUUUCUGAAAGGAUUUCUCUUCUCUCACUGCUAAAUCAUGGCGGAAAAAGAUCGACCAUUGCCAAAAUUUGGGGAGUGGGAUGUCAAUGACCCAGCAUCGGCUGAGGGAUUCACAGUAAUAUUCAACAAGGCUAGGAACGAGAAAAAGACAGGUGGCAAGCCUGAGUCACCAGCAAAAGACGAUUCUGCAUUUAAGCACGGAGCAAAUCUUGGAAAGCCGCAGUCUAAAAAAUGGUUUUGCUGCAUGCAAUCUGCUUCUGCAGAACCAUGAGGCACUUUACCUGGUAUGGGCAUUAACAGGAAAGCUUUAUUCAUCUAUGCCCUGGCCCAAUAUAUAUUCCAGAAGACUGGAGCUCUAGUCAAGCUGUGAUGGGUCAUGCUGGAAUCCGUUUUGGUGUGAUAUAAAAACUUGAUUUUGAUUGCGUUUUAUUAGCAAAAUGAUAUAAAAACAAUAUGAUGCGUUUUUUGUAUGAUUGUGGGUGUUACUGCUUAGUUCUGCUUUUUGAUUCCCGUGUUCAAUCUUUUUACCAUUAUCAGCUGCAACAUGUUUUUGUGAUAAUUUGAUUUAUGAAAUUAUGAAAUUUAUUUGAUUGUAUUGUGCA